GAAGCUUCAUGAAUCAUUGUUUUGAAAUCGCCCAUCACUAGAUAUUGUUGAAAAAGUCAGUAUUUUGCACACAAAAAGUGUUUUCGUCGCUUCAUAACAUUAAGGUUGAACCACUGUAGUUACGUUGACCAUUUCAUUUAAUACCCUUCUGGGCCUCAAAAGAUGCAGUGUCAUUGCUGCUUAUGUGUCAUUGCUGUUUACCCUCGGAUUUAAUCAAAAACAUCUUAGUUUGUGUUCUGAAGACAAACAAGGGUCUUACGGGUUUGGGACAACAUGAGGGGGAGUAAUUAAUGACAGAAAUUUCAUUUUUGUGUGAACUGACCCUUUAAGAUCUACAACAGAUUUUAGUCUGGUCCUCAUACAAAACUGUAUAUAGACCAUAACUUCAGAAGAAUUGGAAUAUAAUGCAUGAGUGUUUGUAUUAGUAUUAUACUGUAUAGUAUAUAUAUUUUUUUCUCUCCUUUGUGAAACUUGACAGCAUCAAGACAACUUUUAUUCUACUGAAAACAGCCUGAACAUUAUGCUAAACAUCUUUACUAAAAUCAGAUGGGGUUUAAAUGACAUGAAGGCAAGUAAAUGAGAACAGAAUCUUCAUUUUUUUGUUGCUAUUAUUCCUUAAGGCAGAUGCCGGUGGCUCCUGGGAAAAUCUUUAUUCACAGAUAUCAAAUCAUAUUAAUCUAAAUAUGAUUUGACAUAAAAAGCAAAAGAAUGUUAGCAUAGACAGCAUGUCUUCAUUUGUCCCUCUUCUGUAAGGAGUGCUUGCAUUAUUGACUCUUAAAUUGCUACUAACCUCUCACUUUACAUGCCUCUGCCUUUCCAGCUUUGACCAAUAGAAUUAAAACUCAUGUGGCCUCUGUUUAACAUUUCAAAAUGUAAAUAUUAUUCUAGAAAAAAAGCAUCAAAAUAUCAAAACCAAAGACAUUGUUUUGUUUUAUGUAGAGGAUAAUUUGUGAGUUUUAUGGUUUGAAUAAAACCCUUUUUGUACAAAAUGUUGCAUGCAUUAUUACUUAUAAAAAUGUAAAGACACAUACCACACAUUCACCAUGGGUAAUUACUUUUCCUGAGACUAGAUAAUUUAUUUCUAGUCACAUAGCAGUUUCUCAGUUCAUUUUUUUUUUUUUGUUAUAGGACCAUACAGCUAUCUCAUUUCUAUUACAUAAACAACCCAGGAACAAAGGGUACUGGUUUGGGUGCAAUAUCCUCAAUCAUCAUACCUAUAUCAAACUGUUAAUAGUCAAUGCACUCCACCUCCACAGCACUUGAAGUGGGUUUUGAUGGCAGUAAAGGAAAGAAUGGCUUGUAACUCAGACAUUCAAGUAGUAAAACCUCCAUUAGUUCCAUUAGAUUGCGAAUUGACUGCUUCCUAUAGUUAAAAACAGUCUGUGGAUCAAAGUAUUGUUAAUGAUUUCUGAAGAAGGGGGAGUAGACAUGUUUGCUAUGGGUAGGGGAGGAGGUGCAAGUCCAUUUAGGCUGCAGCACUAGUGAGAGUAGAACAGAACAUUUGGUUUAAAGCUCUUUUGAGUAUUCCACUUGCUCACUUGAGGAAACCAUUGCCCACCAACCUCAGUGCUAAGGUAUGUUCAUUGUGCCAUUCGAUAGACCAGGAGAAAUGUGGGAAUUCUUUCUCUGCCUGCUACCUUCUCUAAUGCUGAUCCUGGUAAAGAUUUUACUUAGAUGGAACUGGAUCCGCCAUCUUGCAGAUAGUACUGUUCAGCAAUGUGGUCGCUGUAUGUGGAUUAUGGCCUGUAGACUCCUGAAACUGUCACAUAUUCCAGUAUCUGAAUUCAUAGGAGAAUGCCAGGCAGAGAUCAGACUGAUCUGUAAACCCACGGCCCUUGCCAACCACCUGAAGAAACACUGUUAUGCUUUGGCCCAGCCUCCAUUGGCAAGAUGGCCUCAGGCCGACCCUCAUCUUCAGAUAAUCACCAAUCUCAUGUGGCCCACAAAGGAAGGUGCUGAACUUCAGGGAGGUGUCCGCUUCAAAAGGGAUAACCUUCUCCUAGUGGACGGGGGUAUUGUGGCCCUGGACUGGGCUGUGAGUUUGACAGACCAACAAGUUCAGGCCAAAAGGGAUCAUCAUCCUGGAGGAAGAGUUCUGGGCCUUCACUCUAGCAAUCCGGCUAUUGUUAUUAUAAUUCCCAACGCCCUGGGCAGAGUGACGCCACACUUGAUCAGACUGUGCCACCAGGCUUUGCAGCAGGGUUUCUAUCCAGUGGUGUUCCAUCGACGUGGUCAAGGUGGUUGCCCGCUGAUCACUCCACACUACCAGGAGUUCGGAAAUCCCUCUGACCUUGUGCAAGCGGUAGCAUACUUGCGGAGUCAUCAUCCAUCCUCAACUUUGCUUGCAAUAAGUGAGGGCUCGGGUUCAGGGUUACUGCUGUCAUAUCUGGGGGAAUGUGGCUCUUCUUCACACCUGAUGGCUGCUGCCUGCAUCUCUCCUGUGUUUCAUGGACAACUGUUGUUUGAGUAUGAGCUUCCUUGGCUCUAUCACUGGAUAGCCCUCAUCUAUCGCAAGCUUCAAAUAAACAGGUACGCCACUGCUUUGAGCUCUGUGAUGGAUGUAGCAAAAAUUCUACACUGCAACUCUUUGCGAGAUAUGGAAGAGCUCAUGUUCUGUGCUACUAAGCAGUCGGCUCACAGAAUGUCAGACUCAGUGGACCAUGUUGGAAAGGACAGUUCAAGAUUAUCAACAAAGCCUGACUGGGCAAGCUACUGGGAGAAGAAUGAACCUUUGCGAGAUGCAGACGAAGUGGCAGUGCCUGUGCUCUGUUUGUGUAGCCAAGAUGAUCCUCUACUUCCACCUCUCUCUACUGUACCUGAGGCACUUUUUCAUAAUAGCCCUUACUUUAUGCUGGCCAUAACAGAACAGGGAGGCCACUGCGGCUUUAUUCACGAGGAUAGACAUGGAGGUACCACUUCCUGGAGUCAUUUUUUGGUGUUGGAAUACUUUAGGGUAGUUGCCGAUUUCUUAGGGGUAGAAGAGAAGAAGGGGUUCAAGGAUGAUAUUGCACAUCGUGGCAGCCAGGGCCUGAGGCAUAGCACCAGUGCUAUACUGUCCAAAAGAAGGAGGUCAACCUUGCUCCGGAAAGAAAGGCCCAUCUUAGGUUCACGAAGACGGCAGAUCUCAACUCCCUCUGACAUAUUCACAUUAGAAGAAGAGCAGGUGGAUUUUACUUGGAAUAGAUCCUACACUCGCUGAGUGAGAGAAGCAGGUGGUAUCAUAAGAUCAUAGAUUGGCAGUGCUAAACUUAAUACCAAGAGGCACAGAACAUGUUUAAAAAAAAUUUUAGGUGCCCUCAGUUAGGAAACCACAGUUGUGUGGAAAUGAGCAAGAAUGAGAUUACAAUAGAUAAAGAUUUAAAGGAUGGGAUCAAAAAUGGAGAUCUUGAUAAAUAAAAAGGACAUGUACUGACUGGCCUUAAUCAUGUUGAUGGCUUGGCCUAUACUAUUUAGAUGCUAUAUUUAGCUAUGCCAUUUUCUUUGUACAAACUAAUCACUUGGAGCAAGUUGGGUUACUCUCUGUGUGCAAGACAAUUUCUCCUCAAUAGAUAUUGUACCACAGUAAAGAUCUCUAUUGCACAAUUUUUGGACUCAUAUGAGUUCAAAGCAAUGUAUUUAAAGGAAUCAAUAUUGCUAAUUAACUUGUGCAUUAAUCAUGAAAAGGAUGUAUAGGAAAGAACACUUUUUUUAGUACACUUAGAUUUGAAACAUACAAAAUGGAUUAAAAGAUAAAAAUGACAAAACCAAUAUAUACUAAAAUUACUUUAUUACAGUUGAUUUAUUUGUCCAGUAACCCCCUGCCAACAAAAGGAGUAAUUACAAACAAAACAUUACAUUUGUCCCCUUAAGUGUUCAUAAUUUUUAUAUUUUUUAAUUCACUUGUUGUAAGUGUUUUUGUUAUGAAUAGCCAUAACAACUUUUGUAAUCUCUCCAACAUUCAGUUUUUCACAAUCUAUACAUUUUAAUACAGGUUAUAUAUGGAUUGCUAUGGUAAUGUUGAAGCAGGAAAAAUGAGACAAUGACCAUCAAAAGAAAAUGGUUGAAAUACUGGUAAAUGCACUGUACAGAGAUGUACCACCUUCUUUGAAUAUUAUUUAUCCUGUUGUUUUCACACUUUUUCAAAGGCUCAUUAAAACAAGGAUGCUAAGAGA